AUGGCGUCGCCGCCAGGGACACCCCCGAGCACGUGGAGGGUUCGAUCGCGUGAACGAAUGGCGGUUAGAAAAGCGAAAGGGCUGAUCGGAGCCGCCCAUGAGAGCCCCGAGUGGCUGAUGGAUCUGGGCCGUCGGAUGAACAUCCCAUUCGAUCUACUCGCGGUGUUUUCGGACAAGUGCCAGCGACCCACUCCGCGGCACCCCUCCGCUUCCUCCGCGGACUCACUCUCCGCGCCGACGCCGGAGUGCGUGCAAGCGGCGCAUCUAAUCAACCAUACAGUGGAGACCCGCCUCUCGUCCUCCUCCUCGACUGCAGCGGCGGAAGCGGCGGCAAUGGCUGAGCGUGGCGCCUCUGCAGCCGCGGCAGCAGCCGAUGGCCCGGGUGGCACUAGCGGUCCUGCUCCUGCUGCUGCCGCUUUUGCUGGUGCUGACCCGCCUGUUGCGGCGUCAAGAGGCGUAGGUGUGACUGUAUUAGGAAGUGCUGCAACAGGGCUUUCCGCAGGAGGAGGAGGAGCUAACGGGGGAGUAGUCGCGGCGUUAUCUAGCUCCACGAAGGAGGACCAGCCAGUUGCUGCCACUGCUGCUAGGACUUAUAACCCCGAUAGUCGCUCUCCCGCUAUUAGAGCUGCCCCGGUCCCAAGACCCGCGGUUAGGGCGCCAGCACCCACACCCGCUGCGACUGAGAGAUGGGGAUGGGGAAAGAGCAGCAGCAGCAGCAGCAGGGGGUUGUGGGGCAGGAUAAAUAAGGGCGCGGGCAAGAAAGACGCGAAGAAGAAAGUUCAGAAACUGCCAGAGGCAAGCCGGGCGGAGCGGAACUCGAUUAUGGACGGAACCCUAGUCCCUGCCAGCCGCGCGGUCAACCCGCCCAUGUCCCGCAACCCCAUGUUCGAGCCCGUGGGCGCGUCUAAGCGGCGCGCGGCGAGGCAGCCGGGGCUGCGCGUGCCCAUGUGCAUCAAGACGGUGAAGGUGCAGUUCGGAGAUACGCUGGCGGAGAUCUCGCAGAAGCACCGCACGUCCAUUCGGGACCUGCAGCGGUUGAAUAAUCUUCGGUCGGACUUCAUUGUUGAGGGCGACACGCUCAUCGUCUCGUGCUCCAACCAGCGUCGUUCCGUACCAGAGCUCAGGCCCGGAAUCCGCCGGACCUGUCGCCCGCUCUUUUCCCGGCUGUCCCCAUCAAUGAGUUUGCCGAACCUGCCCGCAAGGCUCGGCGUGGGAGGCCCAGCAGCAGGCGCCAUUGUGAAAGCGGGCGCAGCAGCAGGAGGACGAGUCUCUCUGCUAGAAGGGCGGUGGAGGCGGGGCCCCAAGGGCUUCCCCAAGUCGAUGGAUGGCUGGCUGCGCUUCAACUGCCCUGUCGUGGACGGCUUCGUCAGCAGUCCCUUUGGCUGGCGAUGGGGAUCCUUCCACGAGGGCGUGGAUCUAGCAGCGGAGUUUGGUGCGCCAGUGCUGGCGUCAGACAAGGGCGUGGUGACGUUUGCAGGCUGGAGUGGAGGGUACGGCAAGCUGGUGACGAUAGCACACGACAACGGUUUUACAACUCGUUACGGCCACUGCUGCAUCAUCAACGCACGGGUUGGCCAGCGAGUGGCAAGGGGGCAGCAGGUGGCAUGUGUGGGAGCAACCGGUCGAGCCACCGGCCCGCACCUGCACUUUGAAGUCCGCAAGAGAGGGGAGGCAUUGGACCCGUUCAAGUGGUGCAAUCUAUGA